CACACACACACACACACACACACACACACACACACACACAGAACAAUGAACUGACUGCCGAGAACAGAAAGUAUGAACACAUGAAGCAAUGACAACAUGAGGAGGCCAAGAGACACCGACUGUCUGUAGAUGACAGGAGAGAGAGGUGGAGGAAGAUGUUGAGAUGCAAGAUGUUGCUCUGGCAGCUCGCUCUCCGCUUAUCUUACCAUGUUGUUCCAGCCAGUCUGUGUUUGGGGGGAUCGGACAUCUUUGUGUCGAUCAGAGAGAACAGCCCGAUGGGUCAGUUCAUCUCUAACCUCAGUAUCAGAGGAGAACCAAGAGAUAACACCAUCCGCCUGUGUCUGACUGGAGACAGCGCCGACUGGUUCUACCUGGAGGGUCGGACCAUCAGACUCAACGCCUCUGCCUCCAGAGUCCUCGACCGAGAGGUUCUAGGAUCGGUGCUAAUCGCAGAGCUCACCUGUUUCCAGGACGAUGUCAUACAGGAUGCUAACAGCCCUUCCUACUUUCAUCACAUCAACCAUCUUAUCACUUGGUUUGACAGCAGUUACCUUGAUCUGAAUGUCAGUAAGACCAAGGAACUGUGCUUUGGAGGAAAGAGGGGAGCAGGCAACAGAGAACCUAACAGAGAACCUAACUUUAUGCCCAUCACCAUGAAGGGGAAGAAUAUGGAACAGAGUCGAUUCAGGAUUGUUGUGGAGAUUUUGAAUGAAAACGACAACAGACCAAACUUCCUGCAGGAGACCAUUCAGCCGUUCAGCAUCAGUGAGCUGACGGCGGUGAACUCUGUGGUUUUUUCGGUGAAGGCUGUCGAUGCAGACGGAGACAUGAUCAGUUACAUCAUCGACCAAUCAUCGCGUGAUGCAGACUUCUUCAGGAUCGAUCUGCCGAACAGCGGGAACCUGGUUCUGAACAAACCUCUGGACUAUGAGAGCAGAACGGAGCUGCAGCUGAUCCUCUGGGCCCAGGAAGCCAACACGGUGGAGAAGUUCAACACGUCAGCUGUUCUGAUCGUCAACAUCGAGGACCGAGACGAUCUGUAUCCGCACUUCCUGCCCUGCACACCUGUCUCUCCUGGACUUCCUGUCUGCAUGAACCCCACCUACACCACUAACAUCACCCAGAGACACCAGGAUGCAGUCCUGGAGUUCUCUCCUGGACCAAUCAGAGCAGAGGAUGGAGACAGAGGAAUCAACACUCCUCUGAUCUACAGCAUCCUGUCAGGUGCAGAUCAGGGCAGGUUUGAGAUCAAUAACAGGACCGGUGAGAUCAGAAUAACCCGAGCUGUCAACGACCGACGGCGGGAGACAAACUUCACACUCAGCAUCAUGGUGUGUCAGGAGGACGACCGGCUGAAGUACAGCGUGGCGCUGGUUCUGGUCCGAGUUCUGGCUCCGAAUGCGUUCCCACCGGUCUUCAACUCGAGCACCUUUAAAGGGUUCAUCGUGCAGAGCUCUAGCCCCGCCUCCAUCGUCUCCACCUAUGGGAACCAGGUGUUACUAAUCCAGGCGACAGACACAGACUUCUCCAAUGGCCGGAAUCCAAACAUCCACUACUCCAUCCAGCCUUCAUCUGGACUGUACCAAAUCACCCAGGGGGGAGUUCUGAUCGCCAGGACGGACCAACUGCACGCCUUCGACAGACACAUCCUCCAGGUUGUAGCCAGAGACGAAGAGUCAGGAGAAGAAGCUUCAGCUUCAGUGGACGUUGAAGUCCUGCAGAGAGGACAAGCAGUGCCUGACGGUGCGUUCAGGGAGCAGCAGUAUUUCGGAGAUGUGGACCGCAGACUGGCCGGAGGAAUUGCAGCGUCGAUGCUGCUCUUGUUUCUGUCAGCUGUUCUGUGUCUGCUGCUGCGGAUGCUGAAGAGACGGCGGCGACAGAGACACGAACACGAACACGAUCACGAACACGCAGCCGUCGGGAAACAUCCCAACGUGGACGAGUCUUCGUUCCGAGAUCAGAGACAGAGUUUCCACGGCCGCCAGGGAGUCUACACCCGGAGACUUUCCUUGCUUCCUCCUCCAUCUUCAUCUUCAUCUUCAUCAGCUCUGCUUCCUCCUCCUGCAGCAUCUUCAUCAUCUUCAUCAUCAGCCCUGCUUCCUCCUCCAUCUUCAUUUUCAUCAGCUCUGCUUGUUCCUCCUGCAGCAUCUUCAUCAUCUUCAUCAUCAUCAGCCCUGCUUCCUCCUUCAUCUUCAUCAUCUUCAUCAGCCCUGCUUCCUUCUGCAGCAUCUACAUCAUCAUCAGCAGACAUCGUCAGCGGGUCCAGGUUCCACUCUGAUCUACUUCCUGUCACAGAAACACCCGAGAGUUGAGAUGAUGAUGUCAGAGAGUUGAGAUGAUGAUGUCAGAGAGUUGAGAUGAUGAUGAUGUCAGAGAGUUGAGUUGAUGAUGUCAGAGAGUUGAGAUGAGGAUGUCAGAGAGUUGAGUUGAUGAUGUCAGAGAGUUGAGAUGAUGUCAGAGUUGAGAUGAAGAUGUCAGUGAGUUGAGAUGAUGAUGAUGUCAGAGAGUUGAGAUGAUGAUGUCAGAGAGUCCAAAGAUGUUCAUUAGGAAGGAAAAGAAAUUAAUUCACAUAUGUAUUGUGAUUUUUAAAAUCCCUAGAAUGUAUAUUUCUUAUUCAUGAUUCUACCAAUGAUUGAGCUAAAUAUGUUGUUUCUACGGUAACGCUGACGAUGACUUCAUCAUAUCUUCUUUACAAAGUAAAUAAAUGUCAGACUGACUGAUGA